UAUAAAUCCCACACACCUUCACUUCCACACAAACAGCCCUAACCUAACUCUUCAAAUACACAGAUAAUCCAAGAAUGGGUAAUUGUGUAGCUCCUCAAUACACAAAAACGGAUACUACUCUCACUCUCACUGCUCAAAAUUGGCAAUAUCCCACAACCAAGAUUGUUCAUAUUGAUGGGAAGCUUCAAGAAUUGAAGCAACCAACAAUGGCGAAUGUUGUUCUUUCUCAGAACCUAAAUUGCUUUCUCUGUAGCUCAGAAUCUAUGUACGUUAACUGUCACGUGCCUCAUGUGCCAGAUGAUGAGGAACUUCAACUGGGUCAGAUUUAUUUCCUCUUGCCACUCUCUAAAUCCAAUGGUUUGCUAUCUUUGCAAGAAUUAUGUGCACUUGCUAUUAAAGCUAGCGCUGCUCUUAAUCAACUGGACUCCGAUGCUCCUUCGAGUAAAACGACAUCGUUUAAUGGGAGUAAAUUGUUGCCAGCUGGUGGUCACCGGUUUUGUAAAAUUCCGAUUGCUUUUGACAUCGUUGGUGUGAAUUUUCCGGCGGGGAAGGACGAAGCAACCAUUAAAUUGAUUUGAGUAUUGAAAGUCUAAUUAUUUAUUUUAGUGAUUGGCAAAUAUUUAUAUAUGUAAUUGUUUAUUUUUUUUUAGCUUUUGAUGCUAUAUAAUUGCUAAGCCAACUUUAGACAUCACAUUUCACAUUAUAGGAACAUAAAGUAGUUAAGGCUUUAUUAGGAUAGUAAUUACCGUUGGCUUAUUAUUAAACUCUAAUCGGUACUUUUUACUGUUUAAAUUAACCCAACAUCUUGUCAUGUAAUGAUAUCGAUAUUAAUGUAUAUUUAAUUCUGAUAUUA